CACAUCUCGCCUGAGAACGACUCUAAUUCAGGACUGUGUGUGCGGUUAUAGCUUGCAAAAUUGUGCUGACUUUUAUAGGUUCAGGCACUGUCAACUGUAGCGUCUGUUUUUGUUUUGUUGCUUGUUUGUUUGUUGAUUUGUGUUUUUUUUUUAACUGCAAUAACUAUUUUCCUAAAAACGGCAAGGGUCAGGAUUAAUUAUUUGAUGAUCUUGAAGAUAAUGGGCUUCUGCAGCCUGUCUCUAUAUUGUCAUUUAAUUUAAAAUCUAAUUUCGCAUGCAUAUUUUUUUUAAGCGGUUUCUGUUCAUCUUUGCUUGCGGUUGAUCCGUACGGUGAUUAUACGCUCUUGAAUGGUAUAGCGCGUCAUUACUGUAGGUCAGUGGUACGGAUCAGGUAAAACCAAAGUAGUCAACGCCGGGUUUGUCUUAAAGAGAGCUGAACUGGAGCAGUGUUUCGGCCCUGCCUCCCUCUUUUACGUAGGCUACACACAGCAGCAGUCAUACCUGAGAUCAUUUCCUACCUGCUGUCCCCUAAAGCGCACCUGUGGGGGAGCUGCGGGACCUGGAUUUCCGCGAUGCACUAAGAAUAUAGCAAAUGACGUAACUAAUUCUUGAAAGGCAGGCACGAGCUCGUGGACAACUUUUAGUGACAUCGCACCAUGUCAAAAUCAGAUCAGUUUGACAACUCAGACUGUGUGUGCUCGUUCGGAAUGAAGCUAACGUGGGACAUCAACGACCCUAAACUUCCACAGGACACGAAGCAGUACGAUGCGUUUCAGGAGUGGACAGAUGGUUAUGUUCGGUACAUAUACAGUGCCGAAGACAAAAACGCGCAGCGGCACUUGAGCGGCUGGGCCAUGCGCAACACCAACAACCACAACUGUCAGAUCCUGAAGAAAUCAUGCUUGGGCGUUGUGGUUUGUUCCAGAAACUGCACACUAGCAGACGGCACUAAACUCCAACUGCGGCCUGCCAUUUGUGAUAAAGCUCGCCAGAAGCAGCAAAAAAAGCUUUGUCCAAACUGCAGCUCGGCUCUCGAGUUGGUUCCAUGUCGUGGCCAUAGCGGUUAUCCGGUCACCAAUUUCUGGAGAGUGGAUGGCAAGGCUAUAUUUUUUCAGGCUAAAGGCGUUCAUGAUCACCCGCGACCAGAGAGCAAGUCGGAAACGGAGGCGAGGAGAAGCGCAGUAAAGAGAAGGAUGGCUUCCCCUCACUUCUCGCAGAAAAGGAGACUCGUCGAACCAGAGUCUGGCCGCUACCAUGAUAUGCCUUUCCCCAAUAUCCACCAGCUCACAAUGGAGACCCCAGAUCGCUUCAGCAUCAUUGCUGAAUCCAAUUUCCCCAUCCAGACACAGCACUACACGCCAUUCCAGAACACAGAGCCUUACAAGUUCCCCUAUGACACAUAUGGCCCAACAACCAUGGCUGAAGCUGCUAACCCUCUGCAGAAGCCUGCUAACCACCGCUUGUAUAUGGCAAGACCCCCAUGCGGAUAUGAUUUUGCAGUGCCAGGCUACCUCAGCUCUGCACCCUACCCCACAGCACUGUAUAAGGACCCUGCCAGCCCUCAUGGUGAGGCUGAACUCAAUAAAAAUUGCUCUGGCCUGAGUGGGAUGCCUCACACAACCAGUACACUCCCAAACCAUGAGCGCUCUUAUCCAGAUGCCACCACCAAGCACCAUAGCUGGAAGCAGAUCCUGGGCAAAGGGUCAUAUGGAGAAAGAGGGGAAUACCCACAGCUUUCUGCCAAUGGUAAUCACUAUUACAACACCGAAUAUCCAUGCAGGUACACAGGACCCACUCCGACUACUCCGACAGCCCUUCAGACCAUCAUAACAACCACCACUAAAGUGUCCUACCAGCCCUGUCCUAAACCAUCUGUGGUAAAAUAUGGUGAGGGUAUCUAUGACAUGAAGGGUUUGUCAAACUGUAACUCUCUCCAAGAGGAGACCUCACCCAACUCCUACUCUGACCUGAAGAUCCCAGAGGAUUCAAGCGUCAUAAAAACAGCUCUGUCAUACCAGGAUGCGGCCCCCACCAAAAUUGAAAGAACUGAGAACUUUGAUGGCUACCGCUACAGUAGCUACAGCUCCAAUAGCUGCCCUGAGAGACUGGCACAUCCAUACAGGUAUGAAGGUGGAGAGUAUUGAGCUCGUGCUUCAGUGCUAAUUAUCAGAAGACAAGAGCAGAAAAGGAGAAAAGAAGACUAUUUUACUGAUAGUAUUUGAGUAAGUCAAAGAAGACCUGGGUGAAAUGUCUAUCAUGCUUUAAUAAAGUGUGUGUGUGUGUGUGUGUGUGUAUAUAUAUAUAUAAUGUGUGUAUAUAUAUGUGUGUGUGUGUGUGUGUGUGUGUGUGUGUGUGUGUGUGUGAGAGAGAGAGAGAGAUAUCAGAGGGGAACCAUCAGGGCCUGCUUUCAGAGAAGGCCCAAAUUUAUCAGCAUUUCAAAUGUUAUAUUUAAUUUAUUUCAUUCCUUAAUAAUUUCAUUAUAAUUAUUCUCUUCUAAUUCUAAUUCUAAUUGACUCUAAGGUGAGAAGAGUUUAGAGCAGGCUCAAUCAUUGGUCAGGACUUCAUUGACGGGACAGAAGGCCAUGGCAGUGUAUGUUUAUGUAGAAAGUGACAGAUAAAUUAACCAAUCAGAUUUUGAUUUAUAGUGGGAAGGACCAAAAAAUUAUUACCCUAGGCCUUCUCGAAGGCCAAUGCUAGCUUAACCAUGAGUCAGCACUGUCAGUGCUGCAGUAACAUAACCUUCCAGCCGGUGUAGUGUUCAUCAGUAGUAUUAGCGAAUGCUCAUAAAGCGGUCAAGCCAGAGCAAGCAGCAGAGGCUAACAACUGAGAAACUAAUAUUUCUGUCUCCAGACUCUUCUUCCUCACAUGCUCACCAUAGUAUUUUUCACUCAUACUUAAGUAUUCCUUUCCCUAUGUAAUUUACUUAGUUACUUUUAAAAUCAACAUUGUCAACAACACAUAAUGGAGCUACCUGGCAGCCUGCCACUAAUCCCUUGCAAAAUUAUUUGCCCUGUUGCUUUUUUGGAGUGCCUGGCUAAGUUUUGGCUGAGCUGAAGUCCCAGUUCUAAUAGUAAUGGUUCACCACUGAUAUAUAUAUAUAUAAUGUGUGUGUGUGUGUGUGUGUGUGUGUGUGUGUGUAGUAUUUGAACUUCUGAAUGAAAAGAUAUUUGUGUAGUUACCUGAUCCAUAUUUGAUCAAAUGUGCAACACAAAACAUUUCAUUAUAUUGCUGAUUUAGCCAAAUUUAAAUGGAUGAUGGUAAAUGUUCAAUAAAAAUGCAUUUGUAUGUUUGUAAAGUAUGAGUAGAGGUCUACUGGAAUCACUGAGGUCUACUGAAGGUUUUGUUGUUAUUUAAAGAAAGUAUAAUUUGAACUCAAAUUAAAUAUGACACCAAGUUGUUCAGAAUGGAUACUCAGUAUUUUUCCAUGAUCUAUAAUUAAAUGCUAGUGUAUCACGAAUAAUGGUUGCCUGAAUAUAAAUAUCCAUAAUACUGGCUUGUGUUUAAUUGAUAAAUAAUUUCCAUAUCCCUACAUGCUACAUUUGUAAAUCGCAUAAAUAAAGGCAGCUUCAAAACUUUAA